CAACUUCUUAGUUCUCACAGAACUUCCAAGUACUUUCGGCUUCAGCUUCUGCUUCACCACUCACUUCUCAGUUCUCAAAAUGAUGUUGCAAGAACUCUCAUUCGUUUCCUUAAUCAGUUUCACUCUACUUUUCAUCCAUGCUGGUUCCACUCAGCCUCCAUUUUCAUGUGAUCCAUCGGACCCAUCGACCAAAAACUACCCUUUUUGCCAAACCACACUGCCUAUCAGUCAAAGGGCUAGGGACCUUGUUUCCAGGCUGACAUUAGAUGAGAAAAUCUCUCAACUUGUUAACUCAGCUCCUGCAAUUCCACGGCUUGGUAUCCCGGCCUACGAAUGGUGGUCGGAGGCAUUACAUGGUGUUGCCAAUGUUGGCCCUGGCAUCAAAUUUGAUGGUAGUAUAAAAGCCGCCACUAGCUUCCCUCAAGUCAUUCUCACUGCUGCUUCUUUUGACGCUUAUCAAUGGUACCGCAUUGGUCAAGUGAUUGGAAGAGAAGCAAGAGCAAUAUACAACGCAGGGCAAGCAAGGGGGAUGACAUUUUGGGCACCGAAUAUUAACAUAUUUAGGGACCCCAGAUGGGGGAGAGGGCAGGAGACUCCAGGGGAGGAUCCACUUGUUACAGGGAAAUAUGCAGUGUCGUAUGUGAGAGGCGUUCAAGGGGAUAUUUUUCAAGGUGGGAAGCUCAAUGGGCACCUUCAAGCUUCAGCUUGUUGUAAGCAUUUUACGGCUUAUGAUUUGGAUAAUUGGAAGGGUGUGAACCGGUUUGUCUUUGAUGCUCGUGUUACUGUGCAAGAUUUAGCCGACACAUACCAACCACCAUUUAAGAGCUGUGUGCAGGAUGGGCGAGCCAGUGGCAUUAUGUGUGCUUACAAUAGAGUGAAUGGAGUCCCAAGCUGUGCAGAUUCCAAUCUCUUAUCCAAGACAUUGAGAGGAGAAUGGGAUUUCAAAGGGUAUAUCACAUCGGACUGUGAUGCAGUCGCGAUCAUCCAUAAUGAUCAAGGAUAUGCCAAAUCACCCGAAGAUGCUGUCGUUGAUGUUCUUAAAGCUGGCAUGGAUCUCAACUGUGGAUCCUACUUGCAGAAAUAUUCCAAAUCAGCAGUUCUGCAGAAAAAACUGCCUGAAUCUGAAAUAGACAGAGCUCUCCAUAAUCUAUUUGCUGUUAGAAUGAGGUUAGGCCUUUUCAAUGGAAAUCCAGCACAACAUCCUUUUGGCAACAUUGGGACUGACCAAGUUUGCUCCCCAGAGCACCAGAUUCUAGCACUUGAAGCAGCUCGUAAUGGCAUUGUCCUCUUAAAGAACGAAGAAAAACUUCUUCCACUUCCAAAAGCAACCAUGUCCCUUGCUGUAAUAGGCCCUAAUGCCAAUUCCCCACAAACACUUUUUGGAAACUAUGCAGGCCCUCCAUGCAAGUCUGUGACUCCUUUGCAAGCUUUACAAAGCUAUGUCAAGAACACCGUUUACCACCCUGGUUGUGAUACAGUUUCUUGUUCUACUGGUGUGAUUGACAAAGCAGUAGACAUAGCAAAACAGGCAGAUUAUGUUGUGUUGAUAAUGGGAUUGGACCAAACUCAAGAGAAAGAGGAGCUUGAUCGUGUUGAUUUGUUGCUUCCUGGGAGGCAACAGGAACUCAUCACCAGUGUUGCAAAAGCCGCAAAGAGACCAGUUGUUUUGGUGCUUCUUUCUGGAGGUCCAAUUGAUGUAUCUUUUGCCAAGGAUGAUCCGAGAAUCGGGGGCAUAUUUUGGGCAGGUUAUCCAGGAGAAGGAGGAGGUAUUGCACUUGCAGAAAUUGUCUUUGGUGAUCACAACCCAGGAGGGAGAUUACCAGUAACUUGGUAUCCACAAGAGUUCACCAAAGUACCAAUGACAGACAUGAGGAUGAGGCCUGAAUCAUCUUCAGAAUAUCCUGGGCGCACUUACAGAUUCUAUAAAGGAGACAAAGUCUUCGAAUUUGGUUAUGGCCUCAGUUACUCGAAGUAUUCUUAUGAGUUCACACGUGUGUCCCAAAAUAAUGUUUACUUGAAUCAUUCUUCAAGUUUUCAUACAACUGUGACCUCAGAUUCUGUACGAUACAAGCUAGUUUCAGAGUUGGGGGCAGAAGUCUGUGAUCAAAGGAAGUUCACAGUUUGUGUUGGAGUGAAAAAUCAUGGGGAGAUGGCAGGUAAGCAUCCAGUAUUGCUAUUUGCGAGGCAUGGAAACCAUGGCGAUGGGAGGCCAAAGAAACAAUUGGUUGGAUUCCAAAGUGUGAUUUUAAGUGCAGGGGAAAUGGCUGAAAUUCAGUUUGAGGUGAGCCCCUGUGAGCAUCUAAGUAGGGCCAAUGAGUAUGGUCUGAUGGUAAUUGAAGAAGGCAGACAUUUCUUGGUUGUAGGAGAUGAUAAACACCCAAUUACUAUUACAAUUUGAUAUAGGUGGAUAAAGGUUUCUUCUGAUAUUGAUCAACCCCAAAAUGUGGGCCUCAAGUUCCCAUAAUAAUUUAUCAAGUACAUGAGAUAUAAAUAUGGAUUAUGUAUUUCUAGGAAGAAACUUUGUUUAUAAUAGUUUUACUUUCUAGGUGUCGGUUGAAUGCAAUGUAUCACACAUUUAUUUGGCCGGCCCUCAGAAAAGCCAAUCUUCAGAUUAAGCUCAUCUUGACCUUCCAAGAUGCACAAAGAUA